CGAGUAUGGCAUCCACACUCCGCUCCGUGAGCGUGUCUAGUUGGAGUGCCCACCGAUCCACCGAAGCAUCGCGUACAUCAGGUACGAGCGGGCGACGGGCGCACUAGGUUCAAGGCAGGACGCAAUUCGUGCACAUAGCCCGGACGUCGUACAUCUGGCCCCGCUCAUAUAAGACGCAAAGAACACAGGUUCAAGUUGUGGACAUGCCGCUCAUUAGGAACGACUUGCUGUCUGUCCCGACCAGCCUGAGGACACUGCCUCAAGAUAUAUCACAACAUGGUCGCCGGUUUCAUAUUCCCAAUCAUCCUGACACUUGUUUCCACAGUGACGGCCAAGCGAAGCGUUGCGGCACUCGGGGAGAGCCCAUAUUCUUGCGUGGAAGCUUGCAAAGAUGCUCUCGGUCUCGUGACGUUCGGCGAUACCAACCCGUUGGCAGGUUACUAUGCCGCGCAGUGUACCUCGAAGUUGUUUGAGACAUCGGUCGCUGCGUGUGCUAACGCAUACUGCUCGGCGUCGAGGAUCCGCUCGGGUUGGCAGUACUCGUCCGAUCUAUGCAAAGACGAGGGCGGAGUCGAUCUGAUAUCCUACGAGUCGGCUUUGGCGGCGGUGCCUACCAAUAUCGCGACCGUCAGCACCCUCACAUCCGACGUGCUCACCUACAACGAAACCAUUCUAGUGGACAAGGAGGCGUGGGCAGCUGGGUUCCAUACCGAGGAUGCCUGGACCUCUGAGAUGGGCUAUCAUCACGCUUUUGGUUGGGCGAUGUACGUGCUCCUCGCUUUGAUCGUGAUUACUGGACUCGUCUUCCGCCUAGCCGGAUUCGUUAGAGCUCGCACGCUACCACAGAUGGUAGAGCAAAGCCCUGGCCUGUCGACACGGAUCCAUACACUGUGGCGUAAACACAUCAGCUUGCCGCUGUUCCUUCACUACCGCAAUCAAUCCAAAAUGGGCUGGUUUCAGGUUCCCAGACGACUUCCGGCGCUUCUAGUCAUCGCAUACAUGCUCAUCAAUCUGGUGUUCGUGCUCAUAUGCUACGACCUAUUCGAUGACAACUUAUAUUGGCGCCAUGAAAUCGCCACUCAACGCUGGCGCUACGUCGCGGACCGAACCGGUAUCAUGGCAAUCUACAAUCUCCCAAUCCUCUGGCUGACCGCGAGCCGCAACGACCUGCUGUUAUGGAUCUGCGGAUGGUCCUAUUCCGACGUCCAAAUGUUUCACCGUGCCAUCGCAUUUGUCGCCACUGUCUUAGCCAUUAUUCAUUCGGGCGCUUACACCUGGAUCGAACGAGGCUAUCUAAAAGCAUCUUGGCAGGAAGAAUACUGGUAUUGCGGGGCCAUCGCUACCAUCUGUAUGAGCCUGAUGAUCCCAUUGUCGCUACGAAAGUUCCGUGGGAUCGCGUACGAGGCGUUCCUCGUCAUUCACAUCUCGCUCGCCGUCAUGACCUUGGUCGCCAUGUUCUAUCACGUCAAGAUUAUGGAAGGCGAAUACAACGCCUAUCUCUGGAUCUGCGUCGGAUUAUGGUCGGCAGAGCGGGUCAUUCGGAUCGUACGCAUCCUCGUGUUUAGCUGGAAAGCCAUGGUCGGACAGAAUGUCAAGUUGACAUUGGGAGAUGGUGGAAACGGGAUCGAGCUCCUACAUCUCACGGUCCAGACCUCGUUGUCCUAUCAACCGGCCCCUGGGACGUACUAUUUCUUGUAUCUGCCCACCAGCUGGACACCAUGGGAAAACCACCCGUUUACGCUCGCCGGAGUCAGUACCGAUCUUGAAACCAGGCGGACCUCACUGCACUUCCUGGCCAAGGUCCAUCGAGGAGCGACAGGACGAUUGGCUCGCCGAGUGCGCAAGGCUGGCGGUGAGAUCAUGACCAAGGUCUGGCUGGAAGGACCUUACGGACAUUCGGCGCCAUUGGAAAGAUAUCACAACGUAUUGAUGAUCGCCGGAGGAAGCGGCAUCACGACGACCCUACCUUAUCUGCAAAGACUUCACGCUCUCAGUAGCAAAAACACCGGUUGUAACGUCCGCUCGAUUCGCUUGAUCUGGAUCGUGAGAACUCGCGCCUUCGCCGAUCAGGUCUUGGCCCAAUAUCCAGCAUUCUUCCUACCGGAACACUCUGUGUUGUCUCUCGACAUUCAAGUAUACAUCACAGAAGGAGGCGUCGACAGCGGUAGUGCACCUGAGCUACCCUUCAUCGACCACAGACCGCCGGAUGAGAACGAGCAAUUCUUCACCGAAAAGAAGCAAGAGGGCACCGGAUCGGGGGAUGCUAAGAGGGAUCCGGAACCCUCGAAGACAUGGGGUGAAAUCACGUUCUAUCAUGGACGCCGACCGCAGAUGCAAAGCGUUCUUGACGAGACGCUCGGGCAGAUUCUACACAAUGGCGGCAGGUUAGGCGUGACUACAUGCGGACCUAGAGAGAUGAUGGACGACAUGAGGGCAGCUGUAGUCUUUAGAUACGGCAUCGGCAAACAAGACUUGUGGGGGAGUGAGGUCGACUUGUGGGAGGAGCAAUUUACGUGGUAGUGAAUCCAAAAAGUCGUUACGGAUGAUCAGGGAUGCAUGUGCCGAGAGAAGUGGACAGACUUUAUCAUUCAUUCUUGAAAUUCAACUUGACUUGUAAAGGGGCGCUGAACUAGCGUUCUGUGUCCCUGCGCUCUCGUCGAAAUCAUCCGUACGGACAUCCCCUGACACGUUCGG